CCUAACACAACACUGAUCUAUAUAUAUAUAUGCUGCAAAACCGUCCUCAACCUCACUGCUUCUACCAUCAUGUCCAACUCCAACUCACCCUCUUCAUCUUCUCUAUCCAUGGACAUAGACGAAUCCACAGAAACUCGAAUCAACCGCCUCAUAUCAGAACACCCUGUCAUCAUCUUCACCCGAUCCUCCUCAUGCUGCAUGUGCCAUGUCAUGAGGAAUCUCCUCUUCACCAUCGGCGUUCAUCCCACCGUUAUCCAAUUGGAUGACAACGAGAUCCCCGCCGUCCCCACCACCUCCGAUCACUCUCUCACUCCCGCUGCUUUCAUCGGCGGUAUCUGCAUCGGUGGCUUGGAGUCCCUUGUUGCUCUUCAUGUCACCGGUCACCUCGUUCCCAAGCUUGUUCAAGUUGGUGCUCUUUGGAAUUGAUAUCAUAACUCAUUCCUACUAUAUAUUUAUCCUUUCGCUCUCCCAAAAAAUUGAUGUAUAAUUUAGGGUUUUUUUACUUUCUAUCUGGAAAUGAAAUUCCAAUUUGUGUAAUGGACGGUGAAUGUCUGAGUGAAUCAGUUAGUUAGAGAGUAACGAGUGAAUUGAAACAGCCAAGUACUAUUAUUGGAAAAUUCUACCUUGUUUAAUCAAUCAAAAGGAAUAAUUUUCAUUUGCUCUCA